UUGCUAAGUAACAUCCCGGUUACCAACGAAGUCAAAUCACGAAACUACCGCGUGCGCGUUUCGCUGUUUCUACCGGUUUGCUGGAAGAAGCGUCGAGGGGGCGGGAGUUUCCGGUAUGGACAAGGCGGAAGCGGCGAUUCUGAGGGAGCCGGUGUAGGGAUGGGGUCAAGAGCCGAGGAGCUGGGGUGCGUAGUGGAGUUGCCCUCGACCCCGCUGGAGAGAAGUACUGAUUGCGGUGCUGAAAAAAGAAAAACGCUCAACCUGCCUGUGGUGAUACUGCUUGGGUGGGCUGGCUCCAAGGAUAGGUACCUGGAAAAAUACAGCACCGUCUACCUUCACGAGGGAUGUGUAGUUAUCCGCUAUACAGCUCCCUGGAGAUUGGUUUUCUUUUCAGAAUCCUUGGGUAUAAAGUCCCUGCAGAACUUGGCAAAGAAGCUGCUGGAGCUCCUGUUUGACUACAAAGUGGAGACGAAGCCACUGUUUUUUCAUGUCUUCAGCAAUGGAGGUGUCAUGCUGUACCGUUACAUUAUGGAACUUCUUCACACUCACCAGCAGUUCCAGCAUCUGAGAGUGGUGGGUACUGUGUUUGACAGUACUCCUGGCAGGAAGAACCUGAGGGGUGCACUCCGUGCCCUGUCAGUUAUUUUAGCAUCAUACAAUGUAUGGGUUAAGUACCUGCUUUUAUUGACAUUUGCAGUUCUGGUGGUGAUAUUGAGGAUUGUGCUGUAUCCUGUGACCCGCUUUGUACAUGAGAGCCACUAUGAUGCCUUGCUGAAGCAACUCUCUAGAUGGCCUGAGCUCUACCUCUACUCCAAGGCUGAUUCCGUUAUCUUAGCAAGUGAUGUGGAGAACAUGAUAGAGGCUCGGCAGCAGCAUCGGGUACUUGUUAAGGCUGUGGACUUUGUGGACUCUGAUCAUGUCAGCCACCUGCGGGCAUAUCCUACCUUAUACACAACUCAUUGCACCUCCUUCAUGUACAGUUGCAUUGGGAGCACUUAGGCUUACUAGGAAGGCUGAUGUGAAGGUGUCAACAUAUGCCUCUUCUCUCUCCCACUUAUAUUCUUAUACUCUGAACCGUUUGUCAUUGCUUUCAAUAAAACUCUGGCCCUGCUUCUCAGCAGUGGAGGCCAAAGUAUUUCUCAGAA